CGUUUUUUCGCAGACCUGGCAACCUCCGCACCGGUCCGGUCAUUCGACGCAGACUCAAACAUCAUGGCGGACGAAGUUGAGCAGCAACCAACUACAAACACAGUUGAGGAGCCACUUGAUCUGAUCAGGCUCAGUCUAGAUGAACGAAUCUACGUCAAGAUGAGGAAUGACCGCGAACUCAGAGGCCGACUUCAUGCUUACGAUCAGCACUUGAACAUGAUCCUUGGUGAUGUGGAGGAGACAGUGACGACAGUGGAGAUCGAUGAGGAGACUUAUGAAGAACUGUACAAGUCUACCAAGAGAAACAUCCCCAUGCUGUUUGUGAGAGGUGAUGGCGUUGUCCUUGUAGCUCCACCUCUCAGGGUGGGCUAACUUCGAUUACAUCCUGGUGUGAAGCAGGGUUUGCUCCAGUACAAUUUCAGCCCACAGAAGAGAUAAAAUCUCUCUCUCUCUUUUUUUUUGUCAACAUCAUCCCCUCACAUGAGACAAA